AGAGAAGGGGGGGGCAGGGAUCCAGUCCUCGCAGGGGACGGUCCGGGACUCUGCUCUGCGCAGCUUGGUUGCUCCAGGGACUGCUGCGGCCGCACUAGGACCCCCUGCGGCUGCCGGGGCUUUUUUCAGAGGGGAUGCUGAGUCACAGAUCUGUCACGCUUCUCACCUCUCCCCAGCCCUCCGGGGGCUAAAGUAAAAGCGAAAGCGAAUGCGACUCGCGGGGCGGCUAGUCCCGAGAACUGUGCCCGUUGCCUCCUCCCGGACCCUUGGGCAUCUGCAGGUGCCGGCGAGGGCGAGGGCGAGGGCGCAGGCGAGAUUGAGGCCAUGGCCCGCCACCCGCUCCGGGACUGCUGGGCCAGAGAACUCCCCGUGCUGCUGCUACUGCUGCUCCGGUCGCCGCAGACGCCGGGUACCACAUGCUCUACUCCAACCUCUAUUGAACAUGCAAACAUCCAGGUCAAGAGUUAUAAUGAGAACUCCAGGGAGCGUUAUAUUUGUAACUCUGGUUUCAAGCGUAAAGCUGGUACGUCCAGCCUGACUAAGUGCCUGCGUAACGAGGACACAAAUAUUACCCAGUGGACCAUUCCCACUCUCAUAUGCAUCAGAGACCCCUCCCUGACCCGCCAAAGGCCAUCCUCCACAGUAGCGCCAGCAGGGGUGACCCCAGAGCCAGAGAGCCCCUCCCCUUCUGGAAAAGAGCCAGCUUUCAUUUCCAAGCCAGACACCACAGUGGCCACAAAGCCAGCUGUGGUACCGGGCUCCAGGUUGAUGCCAUCCAAAUCUCCUGCAGGAACCACAAGGGUAGUCAGGAAUGAGCCCUCCCAAGCCCCACCUCAGACAACUGCAAAGGCCUUGGAACACACUCCCUCCACCUCCCUCGAGAAGCCAGGUGCACAUUCAUCCAAUUCCACAGCUGUCACUGUGGCAGCCAUCUCCACACCUGUCACUGUGCUUUGUGGAGUAUGUGUGGUAUUACUUCUGAUAUGUUAUCAUAAAAAAUCAAGGCAAACUUCCCAGACACCCAGUGAUCAAAUGGAAAAUAUGGAAGAUAUCCCAAUGACUGGAGGAAACAAUGGCAGAGAGGAGGAUACAGAAAACUACCACACAGUCUAGGAAACUCCAAGGGAAAACCGGGCCAGCAAGGGCUACAGCGAAGGCACCAACUCUGCUCUGGCCAGAGAGGACCUAGAAAAGACUCAAGGAAUUGGGCGCCAGGGAGAAGCCACCAAGAUGUGCCCACCCUCGGCACUGUCUGCACGAGUAGGUUCUCCAGGCUUAGGAUGGAAGCUCGAUGCCUGCCCUGCCUCAGAUAUGGGGCCAAGUUCCCAGAGUCCCAGCCAUUGAAGGCCUCAGGUCUUCCUAUCAGGGCUUUUAUUUCAUUAUGAUAUUUACUCAGGAUAACUUAUCAGCUUGACUCUUCUGCCCCUCCUCCGGACUGGCAGUUUACAAAGAAAAGAAAUAUAUCUGAGGCUCUAAGUGAAUUUAGUAGGCUCCUCCUGGCUUGAGAGGUGUCUAUAAGGAUGACAUUAUCAUUUCUGCUCCUAAAACUCUCUCCAGUUGGGUGCUCUGCUUACACCGAAAGGGAACAAAGAGAUAUUGUGCCCAGUGAAUUCUCUUAAUUUAAGGAUUCAGAAAGAAAACUGAAUUCAGUGACAUUUUCCAUAUAUAUACAUGCAUAUUUAUACUUUGUUUAUUAUCCUACUAGUAGCCUUGCACACGAAUCCGUGCGCCAAUAGCUCUCUGCGGGGCCUGGACACUCCUCACCUGCUUCCCAGAGGCUCUCCGUGGCCCAGAGGCCCAUCUGUUUUAUCUGUGUUAUACAGUCUUGGUUCUGUCAUUUGCAUGCUCGGUGGAGCAGAAAUGGGGAGAAAACACCCCAUUUGAGAAGUGCCCAGAGUGGCUGUGCCUCCAUGAGCCGUGUCUUUUGGAUUUCCCCAAGUGGAGUUCUGUGCGUCUCCUUGGCCUCCAGCACUGCUAGCUUGCAUACCUCUUUCCCUCCAAUUAAAAUGAGUAAGUCACAGGGAUGACAUGCUCCUGUCAGCACUCACUCAUGUAAAUUGAGUGAGUGCUGACAGGAGCCCAUCCGCGGCUGGGCGCGGAACACUUGCCUUAUCAUCAGGGUGACGACGCAAGUGUUUCACGCGCCGGCCUGGCCAGAGGCCCAUCUGCGGCUGGGCGUGGAAUGCCUGCCUCAUCACCGCGGCGACGAAGCAAGCAUUCUGCCAGGCCUCUCAUGCUGCCCACUCUCAGCGGCCGCCC